AGAAAAUGCUAAAUUCAAACUAGCCUGGCUGAAGAGUGCACUGAUCCUGGAUUAGCACAAACAAAAUGGACACAUUCCGAUUUCAUAACUGACUCAAAUCAGUGAAAACCGUAGUAAACAGUGGUUCACGGGUUCACUUUGAGAUCAACACCUAACGAAGCCUCGUUCGAUGAAAUCACGUGACGCAUUCGAUUCCUUAGACUCAGACACUGAGAGUUUGGUGCAGGACAAAGCUCACCACAGAGAGCUUCAGAUGCGCAUACUGAACGGUGUUGGUGAAAGCAGCUCCUCUUAUGAUGACAACAUCGAGAGAUCGAAGCAUGAAGAGGACUUUGCCUUUGCCCCAAAACCUGCUAUCACUGAAACAUUUGGAGAGCAAAACAUCAACUAUUCAAGACAGAUGUCUCCUUUGGAUGAAUAUGCUGACUUGCGCUAUGAUCCAGACUGGAGAAAGAAGCUGCCAAGGUCUGAGUUUCUGCAGACGGACGUCUUGUUUAACACCAAUGAGGAUCCUGCAGUCACACUGAGACACACAGAACAUGUGUCUCCAAGGGGAAGGCAUGAAUAUGCAGUAGUUCAUAGUCCUGUUUUAUCUGAAAAAGACACUGUUCACAACAGACUUCCACAGUCCUCCUUUCACCUACAUCCGGUACCCCAAAGCACAUCUGUGUCCUUAGGAACCAUUCCGUGUUCAAAUUCAGAUAAACCCAUGAAUGUUAAGCACAAAAUUAACCAUCAGCAAGGUGAGGCUGGAAUUCUACCAUUUUCUUCUCCACACGAGAGGCAGAAUGAUGGAGAGGAGCAAAGCAUUGCUCAGGAACAAAACAGAAACAACCAUAACGCAGUAGCUGUGCAGAGGAAACUCAUCCGAAAAGUCAGACCAACCAAGAUGAAAGAAGACAUAGUGGAGCGCAAUAAAGCCUCUCUGGGUAUGAAUCACAAACAAGGGUCAUAUCUGAAGGCAUAUGAGCAAAGAGGAAGAAAAUCAGAUGAUUCAAAUCAGCCCCUACAGUCACCUGAGGACGAUGCAAGCACUGACAGCCCAGGAAGCCCAGUCAAUGCCCUCAACCUGGAGCUGAUGUGGAUACAAAAAACUCAAAAACUAAAGACGCACAACCAGAGUAAGCACUUGGACAGAGCUAGACCUCCCCACCACCGAACCAAACCCAGAGGUCACCUGAAUCAACUAGUUGAGAAACAGCACUCACAGACUCUCUCUGAAAAACAGUGUGUCAGCCCAUCUGACUCUGGCAGUGGCUCACAUUCCUCAUUCUUAUCAGCUCCAACUGUCAGCCUUAACAUCAACAUCAACACCCUCACUCCAGUCACACUUGCUGAAACUUUUAUCGACCAUGAGCCACAGAAGCAGCUCUAUUCACUUUCUCCUUCACCACACUGGAAGAUCAGGAAUGAUGAGCUUAACUUGCGCUUUAAAGGGUCCAGUUAUACUUCAUGUCUUCCUGUCCCUACUGGUGGUACUGUGGACCAUGAGAGCAUAAAAAUGACUAAUAAGAACAACAUCAGGAUUCCUCCAACACAGCCACCAUUUCACGAAAGCUUUACCUUGAAUGCCCCUCAGCAUGGGGAGGAAAGUAGUAAUCCUGCUCAUGCACGCCAAAUUUACACUGGUGUCUAUCCAGUGCUUCCUCCAAUAGGUGUCUCUAACACCAGUGACACUGAACUAUGCAGUGGCAGACCAGAGGAAGCUACAAAUACUAUACACAGGAGCAGUUCAGAGGGGUACCUGGCACAGCUAAUGAAGCAAAAACAAAUAAAUGGGAAAACAACUUAUAAGGCAUACACGCUGAAAGACUACAAGAGCUUAAAUCGGGAUGUGAAGCUCAGAGGUCUCGGACCAUCCAACAUUAUUGCUGAAGAUGUGGCUAAGAAAAUUAGUCAACAGAAGCUGUAUUCAAAUGUGGUCCGUGAGAAGAACAAGAAGAUAAGUAAGAUUCCCGCUCUGCCAACCAGGAACCUGGUGGGCAGAGACAACAAGAGCAACACUCCCAGGAACAAGGCCCUAGAGUAUGCCAAAACUAUUUCAAAACCAAAGUCAUCUCAGCAGUUGAAGGAGAGACCCAAAGACAAAUAUAAGAGCGAUAGAGAGUUUGAGCACUCUGCUGAUCUCCAGUUAAGAGUGGAUUACACCCAGCUCUCUAUUGUAGAGAUGCUGAUCAAACGGCAUGAGCAGGAGAAACUGCAUGUGGCCCGCUUUACCAACAUCAAUGGCAGCUCAUCACACUCUGUCGGCAGCCACUGAACUGAUAAGAAUAAAUGAUUAAACAUA